GGGCGGGGCCGAGUGCCGCACACGCCACUCACACUCGGAGACGCUCUGACGGGACAGGGGCGCCAGCCAAUCGGCUCCCGCCCUCUGGAGGCAGGGACUCUGGGGCGGAGACUUCGGAGACUGCAGUUGCAGUUCCAAGAUCAGAUGGAAUUGACUAUGGAUGAAUCUCAUGAUUUUGAUCAGCCGAGCUCAUGGAAUGGAAUCACAUCUGAGAAGGAAAACAACUUUCUUGUAUCAGAAGAUCAUGGACAGAAAAUUUUAAGUGUACUACAGAAUUUUAGAGAGCAAAACGUCUUUUAUGAUUUUAAAAUAAUCAUGAAAGAUGAAAUCAUCCCAUGCCAUCGUUGUGUGUUAGCAGCAUGCAGUGAUUUUUUCAGGGCUAUGUUUGAAGUAAACAUGAAAGAAAGAGAUGGUGGAAGUGUUACCAUUACUAAUUUAUCCUCUAAAGCAGUGAAAGCAUUUCUUGAUUAUGCCUAUACUGGAAAAACAAAGCUAACAGACGAUAAUGUAGAAAUGUUCUUCCAACUGUCAUCAUUUCUUCAAGUUUCUUUCCUAUCCAAAGCUUGCAGUGACUUUUUAAUAAAAAGCAUUAAUCUUGUCAAUUGCUUGCAGUUAUUAUCUAUAUCAGAUAGCUAUGGCUCUGCGCGUCUGUUUGAUCAUGCAUUGCAUUUUGUACAACACCACUUUUCUUUAUUAUUUAAAUCAAAUGACUUCUUAGAGAUGAAUUUUGGAGUAUUGCAAAAAUGUCUGGAAUCAGAUGAAUUAAAUGUUCCUGAAGAAGAAACCGUACUGAAAGUUGUCUUUAGUUGGACUAAACAUAACUUAGAAUCCAGGCAAAAGCAUCUGCCUCAUUUGAUUAAAAAAGUGAGAUUACAUCAGUUAUCUGAGGAGACACUUCAAGAAUGUUUGCUCAAUGAAGAGCAUUUACUCCGAAGCACAAACUGUUUUGACAUAAUCGUGGAUGCCGUUAAGUCUGUGCAGAAUUCCAGUGGACUUUUCCCUGAUGCUCGACCAUCCACCACUGAAAAAUACAUAUUUGUUCACAAAACUGAGGAAAAUGGAGAAAGGCAAUAUACCUUUUGCUAUAAUAUUAAAAAUGACUCUUGGAAAAUCCUACCCCAGCCUCACCUGGUUGACCUGCCAGGAUCGAGUCUGUCUAGUUACGGAGAGAAAAUAUUCUUGACGGGUGGCUGCAAAGGGCAGUGCUGCAGGACAGUGCGACUUCAUAUCGCAGAGUCAUACCAUGAUGCCACGGACCAAGCCUGGUGCUACUGUCCCAUCAAAAAUGAGUUCUUCUUGGUAUCAACCAUGAAAACACCCAGAACCAUGCACACAUCAGUCAUGGCACUCAAUAGGUUGUUUGUCAUUGGUGGGAAGACUAGAGGCUCACAGGACAUUAAAAGUCUCUUAGAUGUCGAAUCAUACAACCCUCUUUCCAAAGAAUGGGUGUCAGUGAGCCCCUUACCCAGAGGCAUCUACUAUCCCGAAGCAAGCACCUGUCAAAACAUAAUUUAUGUUCUGGGGUCAGAGGUGGAAAUCACAGACGCCUUCAACCCAUCACUGGAUUGCUUUUUCAAGUACAAUGCUACAACUGACCAGUGGUCUGAGCUGGUGGCCGAGUUUGGGCAGUUCUUUCAUGCAACAUUAAUAAAGGCUGUCCCGGUCAACUGCACAUUGUACAUAUGUGACCUGUCCACCUAUAAGGUUUACAGUUUCUGUCCAGAUACUUGUGUUUGGAAGGGUGAAGGGUCUUUUGAGUGUGCGGGCUUUAAUGCAGGAGCAGUUGGAAUUGAAGACAAAAUUUACAUAUUAGGUGGUGAUUAUGCACCAGAUGAAAUCACAGACGAAGUACAGGUCUACCACAGCAGCAGAUCUGAAUGGGAAGAAGUUUCGUCAAUGCCGAGAGCAUUAACUGAAUUUUACUGCCAAGUGAUUCAGUUUAAUAAGUACAGGGACCCUUGGUUUUCAAGUCUUUUCUAAAUGUACUGCAAACACUUACACAUUUUGAAACUAUUCCAGUUCCAGAACCCUAUAGUAAGUUUGCUAAGCAGAAUAGUUGAUAAAAAAGGUCUUUUCCUCAUAAAUAAAUAAAAUGUCCCUUCUACUAGGGAAUUACUAAGAAGUUACACCAUAUAUAAAUUAGCAUUUUACAGGAACAAAAUACAAAGUACAUUUUAUGAAAAACUAUAUUGAAUUUAGUUUAUUCUUGAAUUUAGAAUAGUAUGAGAAUAAAACCAUAGGCUUUGAUAUUCUGAUUUUUAAAGUCCUUUAUCCAUGAAAGACUUAGAAUAAUGAAUCAAAGUUCACAAAUUUUUCCUUUGUAGGUAGAAAUAUCUUUAGGUAGUAGAAUUAUUUAUACUCUAUUAUAUGAAAUAAAAAGUAAGUAAGAGAUCAGGAUCCUACCUUGUUACUCCAAGUAUAAGGAGUUAUUUAAUUCUUACCUUUCCUGGUCAUUGUUAGCUUCCUUAAGCCCUUAUUCCACUUAUUUAUUUUUCACUACCUCUCUCACAGUUUUUUUUCUAAAAGCAGUACAUAUCCCCAGCCAUUUAAACUGUACACUAAAAUGACUUUAGAUUCAAUUUUUCUUGGGGCCAGAGUAAUAGUACGGCACUUGUUUUGCACAUGGUUGACCAAACUUAAGUAUCAAUAAGAAACUUCAGGGUUUGAAUUAAUACCAACUCUAUUUUCUUUAAUGAUAUAUAUAAACUAUGAUAGUGAAUUAUUUUAUAAAUGUAUGUGUGUAUAUAUGUAUAUGUAUACAUACAUAUAUAUGUAAAUGCUGAGCUUUGGUGUUACAAGAGCAUUGGCUUAGUUGUUUAGUCAUCUUUAAUCCAAUCAAAGGAUAUCAAUUAAUUCUAGUUCUCACUAAGAUGAUUCUGCUUUCUAAGAGAGUAUGUUUUUUUUGAGCAGUUUAAAGGAUGAAAGAAUUGUAGAAUAAAAACCGCUGAUUUACAUUUCAGGUAAUGUAUAGAUUGGAUUUCUCUGAAAAGAAAUGUUUUCUAUACUCUGCAUUAAAGUAAAAACUGUGUUUAUAUUCUUUUGAAGUAUGUUAAUGACUAAAUGAAGGUCCUCAAUUUUACAGUAUAAAUAUAUGUAAUAAAAAUUUUAGAUAUAUUUUUCAAAAUAGAUUAAGAUAUUAGAUGUAAUUUUCAUAUCAUUCCAAAUUAGGGAUUCUCUCUAAACAUAUGACAGUUACUUUAGAAAUAUUCUGUAGAAUUGGUGGCCUUCUUACCAAGUUUAGUUGGAACUGCUGUUUCAUGAGAGUGAGUGAGAGAGAGAGAGAGAGAGAGAGAGAGAGAGAAAAGGAAUGAGCAAAAAAAAAGAGUAUGUAAAUUCAGUGGAGACUUUAAUGUCUUUAGUGUGACUCUGAAAACUUUUUGAGAAAGGUUAUACCAGAGUGGGUGGUCUAUAUGUGAAUUUACCAAACUGUUAAGUAUAUAUAAUAAAGUAUGUUUAAAAUAAAUGUUGUUUUAAUCACUGGUUAUAGGAAUUAUUAACCUUUACCAGAAGGAAAACAUUGAAACAAAGUAGAAUCCCGUCUUGAUCUAAUUUCAUAAUGAUGUAUCUUGAUUUCCAGCAUUAUUUCAUUAACCAGUAACAACAAAUCUCACAAUGGUGAUAUUACUGGUGCCCGCUCAAGCAAAUCAAUGAGCAACGGGAUGACAGUGACAGUGAUUUCAUUGACUAUUGAUUUAUAGAAAUGUUUCUUGUUUUUGUUUUCUGUUUGUUUUGUUUUGGGGCCACACCCAGCAGUGCCGAGGGCUUCCUCCUGACUCUGCACCAAGGGAUCACUCCUGGUGGGCUUAGGGGACCAUAUGGGAUACUGCGGAUCAAACCUGAAUAGGCCUCACGCUGGGCAAGCACCCUACCUGUUGUCCUACUGCUUUCUAAAACUGCUCUUGAAGUCUCCUUUCUAUCCAGGCCUAGAUGGCACCCUCUGCAUUUGAUAUACUUUACAAACAUUCUAAGGCACAUGGCACUUUUUUCUCUUUAUUUUCUGCAAUUGCUUCAGAUUAUUGGUUCCUAGUUUACUGGAUGCACCUGAGUACCUCUUAUCACUUACAAUGGGGAGAAAGUACUUUUUUAUUUUGUCAUAAAAUCCAAAAUUUUUCCUUUAUUCUUCUCUUAUGUUGGCCUUGGCUUAUGAUAUUGAUCUUGUUGGCCAGAGAGAUGGUACAGUGGGAAGGCGCUUGCCUCGCCUGCGGCUGACCCAGGUUAGAUUCCUGGCACUGCGUGGAGCCCUGGGAGAACCACACGCAGUGACCCCUGAGCAGGGAGCAAAAGUCAACCUUGACUGCCACAUGCCUGUGUCCCGGAAAACAAAAAGGGAA